AUGAGGAAGGAGCGGCCCUUGGCGGGCGCGUUGGGGCGACCGUAUGAAAAAGGUGGCUUCCAAGCAGUCUCCGCCCAAGUUGUUCGGUGGUUAUCCUGGGUCCCCGCGACGUGGGGCCACGCUCUCGGUCCGGGCGGCACCAUGAAGUCUCUAAAGAAGGAAUCCCGCCUCAGAAUACCAAGCAGAUUCUUCGAGGCCGCAGAGAGCUUGAAAGAAAAGAAGCGGGCAAAGGUAUCUGAACAGCCCACACCCCCCAUUCAGGAAGAAACUGAGCCUGUUAGCAAUGUCCUACAAGGAGACGACAUUCUUGCCUUAGCCAUUAAGAAGGAAGACUUGAAGAAGCAACACAUUCCUCGCUUUACUGAAACAGAAGAUAAACCUGUCAUUACCCAGAAAUUUAUCAUCCGUAAACCCAAACCCAAGGAUCCUAGGAGAAAGGUCUGCCACUUAGUAGCACAUCCUGCUACUCCAGAUGCAACCACAAAGCCCCUGGACUACUCUGGUCCAGGUGACUAUUUCCAUGGCAGCGACCAGAUCCUGUCCCACCACAUCUUGGGGAGUCUCCAGGACUUUAAGAGAAUUGCAGUUGCUCGAGGGAACACCCAGUUAGCCGAGCUGAUACACACCCCGCCCUGUCUGAUGAACUUCAUCUCAGCUACAGAAGAGCAGAAGCAGAAAUCCCCAGAAGAAGAGAAGGCACAGCCCUGGUCCCCACCUUCUCAGCACAACUUUCUGAAAAACUGGCAGCGCAACCUAACCCUGCGGAAGAGACAGCAGGAAGCUCUCAGUGAACGCCUGAAGAAGCCUGUCAGCCAGCUGCUGAUGCACAUCGGGGAGACCUACAGACAGAUCCAGGAGGAACGGGAGCUCAUUGACCGAACACUUCCAACACAGCAUGAUGGGAAGUGCUGUGAGGAGACCAGAGGGUUCUGGAGUCGGCUGGAAUACUUGGGAGAUGAAAUGACGGGUCUGGUAAUGACGAAGACGAAAACUCAGCGUGGCCUUCUGGAACCAAUCACUCAUGUCAGGAAGCCGCACUCUAUCCAGGCAGAGAUGGGAUUGUUGGACCAGAAGGACGCUUGGUACCGCUACACCUGGGAUCGGAGUCUGUUUCUGAUCUACCGACGCAAGGAGCUGCAGAGCAUCAUGGCAGAGCUGGAUUUUAGCCAGCAGGAUAUUGAUGGCCUGGAGGUGGUGGGCAGAGGGCAACCUUUAUCAGCUGUUACAGUGGAAGACUUUCCAGGGUUUGAAAGGAGCCAGAAAAGUUCUUCUGGAGACACGAUAAGCUUAGACUUAUUGACCGAUUACCCUGAUACGGCCCCCAUGCCUAUUCUUGGCCCUUCUUUGCUAUUCUGUGGGAAGCCAGCUUGCUGGAUCAGAAGCAGUAACCCACAGGACAAGAAGCACAUUGGAAUUGCUGUCCGCUUGACCUUCGAAACUCUAGAAGGGCAGAAAACAUCUUCAGAACUGACUGUGGUCAAUAAUGGCACAGUGGCCAUUUUGUAUGACUGGCGGCGGCGGUCCCAGCUGGACUCUUUCCAGGAGCUGAAGAGAAACAGGAUGGAGCGGUUCUACUUUAACAAUCGGGAAGGUGUGAUUCUGCCUGGAGAAACUAAAACCUUUACCUUCUUCUUCAAAUCUUUGAAUGCUGGGAUCUUCAGGGAAUGUUGGGAGUUUGGAACCCACCCCACCCUGUUGGGAGGUGCUGUCCUGCAGGUCAAUCUCUACGCAGUCUCCCUGGCCCAGGAUAUUUUUAGGAGUGAGAGGAAAUUACUGGAGAAAAAUCUGGCUUCCAAGGAAGCAGUCAGCAUCGUGCAGAGCAUGCUGCAGGAGGUGCUGAGGGGGAUCCUGACCCCGGAACGUGCGCAGUCACCUGUGGAUGCCUACCUCACGGAGGAGGACUUGUUCCACCACAGGAAUCCUCGGCUGCAUUACCAGCACCAAGUGGUACAAAACCUGCACAGACUGUGGCACCAGUACAUGAUCCUGCCCUCCAAGGCCGAGGAGGCCGGGCCAGGCGAGGAGGAGCACCUCAGCCCCAGGGCCCAGGCGGUCUAUUUGGACAAGACAACGGUGAACGUUGAGUCUUCGGCGUACUUUAAGAACCCAGUCCUAGAAUCCCAACUGCCUCGGCAGGAGCAUAUGGCCCUCGGGGACUCCCAAGAUUCUUUCAGGUUCCAGAAGACUGGAGUGAGGGUCAGGAGUCCUCAGGGGAAGAGCAUCAUGGAGGAGAUCCUGGUGGAGGGGAGCCCGGACCGGGAGAGCGCCAAGAGCCCCUGGGAGCUGGAGAGCCUUUCCCCUCUUGAGUGGAACCUCUGCAUGGAGGACUUCAGAAAGGCAGUGAUGACACUCCCUGAGGAGAACCAGAGAGAAGAUGCCCUCAUCAGGCUCAAUAAAGCAGCCCUGGAGCUCUGCCAGGAGCAGAGGCCAUUGCAGUCCGACUUCCUGUACCAGAUGUGUUUGCAGCUGUGGCGGGAUGUGAUUGACAGCAUGGUGAGCCAUUCCCUGUGGCUGAGGGCUCUGUUGGGCCUGCCUGAGAAGGAGACCAUCUAUCUGGACGUGCCAGAAGAGCAAGAUCAAAAAUCACUUCCUGUCAUGGAAAUAAAGGUGACGUCCGCAAGAGUUGGAAAGGAGGACCGGAGAGGGGCAGCCCAGGAAAAGAAGCAGCUGGGAAUCAAAGACAGAGAAGAUAAAAAAGCCAAGCUGUGUGUGUUUUAUCUCUCCAAGCAGGACCGUUUAAACAGCAAGAAGCACAAGGCAAAGGACGACAAGAAACUUGUGAAAUCUUUCAGUCGGGACAGGUUUUCCUUGGAAGACCCUAUCCCUGAAAGCACCACCCCUUUUCAGGAACCCAUGGAUCCCCUGGUCAUGGAGAAAUACACUCAGAGGCUGUACACACAGGUGUACGAGCUGCUGGACACCCUGGUGACUGACCUGAUGGCCUUGGCUGACGAGCUCAGCCCCAUAAAGAAUGUUGAGGAGUCUUUCCGUCUUUGCACAUAACUCGUGUGUCCAAGCAGCCUUCUGGGUAACUGGUUAACAAACAAAUAAAGAACCUUCAGGUUCCUACCAUUUCCAUUA